UACGAAAAUGCCUCGCUAUGAUGAUCGCUCUGGUGGGACACGCCUUUAUGUUGGUCGGCUGUCAUCUCGCACUCGUCCACGCGAUCUUGAAGACCUUUUCAGCAGAUAUGGAAGGUUGUUGGGUUUUUGCCCAACCGGGAGGUCUGUGGUGCCCUUGGUGGAAUUGGUGGCUAUUCUUGCAAAGUUUAUAAGAGACUUUGGCGAUUCUUUCUGUAGUGUUAUUGCGUGUUUUUAUGGAAUUGGCUGCAACCACAAAGUGGUGUUUUGUUCUUCUGAGGGGCGAAGUAACAUACCCUCCGCUACUUAAGUCAUGAUGGCCUUACUGUUUCUGGCAACCAUUUCCGCAGAGUACGAGAUGUGGACAUGAAGCGUGACUAUGCCUUCAUUGAAUUUAGCGAUCCUCGAGAUGCGGAUGAUGCUAGAUACAGCUUAGACGGGCGAGAAUUUGAUGGAGGUCGUAUUAUAGUUGAAUUUGCAAGAGGGGGUCCACGUGGUCCUAGGGGUUCACGUGAAUAUCUUGGAAGAGGUCCUCCUCCUGGAUCAGGCCGUUGCUUUAACUGUGGGAUUGAUGGCCACUGGGCUCGAGACUGCAAAGCUGGGGACUGGAAGAACAAAUGUUACCGCUGUGGUGAAAGAGGUCAUAUAGAAAGAGACUGCCAAAAUAGUCCCAAGAAUAUCAGGCACGAGCGAAGUUAUUCACGUUCGCCAACCCCUCGCCGUGGUAGGAGCCGGAGUCGGAGCUACAGUCGGAGCCGUAGUUACAGUCGAUCCAGGUCUCCUGCACCUAGAAGAGAUGGGCGCAGCAUAGAACGUGAUGAGAGGAGAUCAAGGAGCCCUAGAUACAGCAGGAGCCCAAAGUCGAGGAGUCCGUCUCCAAUGAAGGGGAGGAAGCGCAGCUUGUCACCUGAUGGUAGCAGGAGUCCACAAGAGAGGAUGAGCCCUCCACCUAAGGAACGCAGGGAAGCUGAUCGCAAUGGGUCAGAUUACGGUGAGAGCCCCAGGAGGAGGGAGAACAGCAGGAGCCCCAUGAGCCAGGGGAGAGAGAGCCCUCCUAUGGACCGAAGGAGUCGGAGCCCCGAGACUAAUGGGAGGAGUCCGAGUCCAAGGGACGACAGGGAUGACGGUAAUCAUGUCUCUCCUAGAGGCAGCGAGUCUCCACAAGACUGAGGGGGACUGAGGUUUGGUAUUGUUAGCUAGUUCUAUAGAACUUUCAUCGGCAGGUGCCUCCAUAAGUACUGUGUACUAUUCUCUUAAAACCAGUGACUGAUGAACAUUGCUUGCUUUUGAAAUUGUCUUUCAAAUACUUGAUUUCAGCAACAUGUUAUUGUCGUUUUUUGCGGAGCAAUAAGCUUGAUGGCACCUACAUUUAUCGGUGGGGUUGUUAACAAUUAAGUUUGAGCAAUCCAGGCUUAGCUCAAGCUAGCUUGUU